AUGGACAUAAAUCCGAACGCAUAUUCGUGGCAUCAGUCUCAUGACCAGGCCACGGUCUUGAUUGUGGUUCCCUACGAAAUUACGGAUGAUGAUAUCCUGUUCAUCGUUGACGGACACCACCUUGCCGCAGGCGUGCACGGGCAUGCGCCCAUGGUAAAAGGUCACUUGUAUGGCCAGAUUGAUACUACCUCUUCCACUUGGCAGUUGGAGCCUCGACCCUCAGCGUCCUCCAGAAGAGAGAGAACAAUCUCAACCGUGUCGACAGCAUCCACGCAGUCCUCUUAUGCUGUCAUCUCUGACCCAGAGUAUUCUAGCAGUGCUGUGACAGGCGCUGAGAGUGCGCAGUCUUCAGAUAUCGAAGACGUCUCUGGCUUUUCUUCUUUAUCUUCGCCUAUGUACCCUUCCUCCGAGGACCACCGCGCGUUUUCAUCUCCGCCAGGUCGCAGGACGCGUCUGGAUAGUCCGGCGCCACGUUCGCCCCAAUUACGACCAUCAAUGAGCGUGACGUCGUCUAUGUCUUCGCUCGAAUCAUUGCAUACUUCUCGAUCCGGCCGACUGCUCACUUUGCAUCUGGAAAAGGUGGAGUCUGCCUUAUGGCCAUGCUUGAUUUCAGGGCCCGCUCCGGAGGGCUUUGCCCGUCAUGCACUGGGCCCGCUUCCAUUGGAUCGAGAUAUAGAACUCAAGUACAAUAUGGACCCAACUAGCCUCAUGCUUGUUGGAUCUGAGCUCCUCGACCUGCGGGACAAUAAAGAGGAGGCCUUCGAAUACUUCCAGCGUGCUUGGGUCCUAGGGAGACUGCCCACCGCUGCUCUCAGACUCGUCACUCAGUAUAUUCCAGCACAACCUGGCAUUCCAGCAGCCGACCUCGAUGUAUCGGAUUCGCAUGGGACUCUAGGUUAUUACUCCAGGCGUCUGGGAGGCCCCACGGGCCUCUCUGAGGUGUACCUUGCAGCUGGAUUCCUCCACCUGGAAGGAACUGCUUCCAGGCUACUCUCCUCGCCUUGGUCUCCCCUAUCGUCUAUCCGGUUAUCCUCAGAGGGAAUACUGUCACACCACGGUGCUUCCGAUACCGAAGCGUGGCACCGCGACCGUGAAGCAGCGGAGGCUUAUUUCGCCCUUGCCAAAGCUCUCGAUCCAACACUCGAUGUACCUUCAAUAUGGAGGGACACCGCAGAAAGCCCUUCACGAGCAUGUCCUAACUCCGCUGUAGAACUGACUUCAAUCGACAUCGCAUUGGCAGAAGCACCAGGAGGCACUUUGGAUUCUGUGUCUGAGGGCUCUGCAUUGCGGAGAAGGAGCAGGCGAGGAACGAUCAUGCCUGCAGCCGAGGCUGCGGCCCGCGCAAACGAUGAUAGUACGUGGUAUUUGUAUGUACCAGGUCUCGUGGGAGCUGGGACCGCACUGCUCCUCGUCGGCGUCAUAGGUGCACUCAGCUUCUCCUGGAAGAAGAAUCAGAGCUCUUAG